AUGUUUUCAAUGACACUAGAGGGUGCUUGUGGCUAUGGUGAUCUCUAUCAGCAAGGUUACGGGCUUGAAACCACAGCUCUAAGCACAGCACUGUUCAACAAUGGUCUCAGUUGUGGUGCAUGUUUUGAGAUAAAGUGUGCCAACUCUGAAUGGUGCAAUCCCAAUGCAGGCUCUAUCAAAGUAACUGCAACAAAUUUCUGUCCACCAAAUUACGCCCCACCAAAUUUGGACCACUGGUGCAACCCUCCACAGAAACACUUCGACUUGUCCAUGAAAAUGUUCACCACAAUUGCCAUGUACAAAGCAGGGAUCAUCCCAGUGAAGUAUCGUCGAGUGGCAUGCACCAAAACUGGGGGAGUGAAGUUCCAAAUGGGAGGGAACCCUUAUUGGCUUCAAGUUUUGUUGUACAACGUUGGCAAUGGUGGUGGUGUUUGUGAAGUGAGGAUCAGAGGGUCAAACAGUAAUGAGUGGAAAUCCAUGAACAGGGUUUGGGGACAGAAUUGGGUGAAUGGAGAGAAUUUGGUGGGGCAAGCCUUGUCCUUUCAGGUGAGAACCAGCGAUGGAAAAAUGUUGGAGUUUGAUGACGUUGCACCUUCCUAUUGGCAAUUUGGGCAGAGCUAUGAGGGCAAAACAAAUUUCUAG